AGUGAGGACGGGCCGGUACCGGAGCCGCGGUAAGUGCGGCCGUCAGCGGCCUUGCAGUGCCAGUGAGGACGGGCCGGUACCGGAGCCGCGGUAAGUGCGGCCGUCAGCGGCCUUGCAGUGCCAGUGAGGACGGGCCGGUACUGGAGCCGCGGUAAGUGCGGCCGUCAGCGGCCUUGCAGUGCCAGUGAGGACGGGCCGGUACCGGAGCCGCGGCGAUCGCGGGCCGCGGUAAGUGCGGCCGUCAGCGGCCUUGCAGUGCCAGUGAGGACGGGCCGGUACCGGAGCCGCGGUAAGUGCGGCCGUCAGCGGCCUUGCAGUGCCAGUGAGGACGGGCCGGUACUGGAGCCGCGGACAUCAAAGGUGGAGGAAUUGCGACUGGGUAUCUCAGACGGAAUAUCACAUCCGAUCUACACCCCACUCAGCUCCCCAGCACCUGAAUAUCAUCGGCCUGUGAGCGUGGAGGGAGAGACGCUGGUUUGUUUCACUUCAGACCCCAGGCAGUGAGGGCUGUUGCAGGGCACCGACCGUGACACAGCUGGGGAGAAGACACACUGUCUACAGUGGAGAGGGGAGAAACCACUGAUGUGAGGACAGGAGCCAAUCUGCAGAGAAGCCAAGUAACCUCUUCCAGCCUGUGAAGGAGCGGGCAGUGAUCACUCCAGUGCGGAUUGGGAAAGGAACAGCCACUGCAACGAGAGACCGUGUGUGACACGCUGGGGGAGGUGAGCUCACCUGAUCUGUGACUGGGAACGUGUUCACCACAUCCUUGUUUUUGCACCAGUGAAACAUUCAUUCUUUUGACUGAGAUAAACUUGAUCCAUUUCCCUGAGAGUAUUCAAAUCUUCUUUCCCUUGUUUCCAUUUGAGGAAAGAAAUUAGUUUGGUCAUCUUUUUACUGACUGUUUGCUGAGGUCCCGGGGAAACGUCGUCACCCUGCUUCAGGCGCAUGAAGAGACUCACUCGAUGAGACACUGGCAGAUUCACACUGGGGGAAGGUUGUUCCCCAUCUCCUCAUGUGGGAAAGGAUUCACUCAGUCAUCCCACUUAGUGAAACGCCAUUGAGCUCACAACACAGAGACCCCGUUCUGUGAAAGAGCGUUCAAACAGUCACCCAACCUCCGGAAAGAGUUAAGCAACUUAGUGACCUGAUGAACCACCAGCAAAGUUCCGCCGGUGCGAGGCCGUUCAGCUGCUGUCACUGCGGGAAGGGUUUCAAAAACUCCUCCGGACUACAGAGACACCAGCUGGUCCACACCAGGGAGAGGCCAUUCAUCUGCACUGAGUGCGGGAAUGGGUUCACUCAGUCGUCUGACCUGUUGACGCACCAACGGAUUCACACCGGGGAGCGGCCGUUCGUAUGCCGUGAGUGUGGCAAGGGAUUCACUCGUUCAUCCAACCUGCUGACUCACCAACGAAGUCACAUGGGGGUGCGGCCGUUCGUCUGCUCUGAGUGCGGGAGGGGAUUCACAAGGUCUUCCGAGCUUCUGAGGCACCAACGCAUUCAUAACGGCGAGAGGCCCUACGUUUGCUCCGAGUGCGGGAUGAGGUUCACUCGCUCGUCCCACCUGCAGUCGCACCAACAAACUCACAGCGGGGAGCGGCCGUUCGUCUGCUCUGAGUGCGGGAGGGGAUUCACUCGGUCAUCCGAGCUUCGGACACAUCAGCUCAUUCACACCGGGGAGAGGCCUUACGUGUGCUCCGAGUGCGGGAAGGGGUUCACUCGUUCAUCCCACCUGCAGUCGCACCAAAAAAUUCACAAUGGGAUGCGGCCCUUCGUCUGCUCUGAGUGCGGGAGGGGAUUCACUUGGUCAACUGAGCUUCGGACUCACCAACGUAUCCACACCGGGGAGAGGCCCUUCCCCUGUUCCGAGUGUGGAAAGGGAUUCACUCGGCCGUCCGACCUGCUGAAACACCAGCGGAUUCACACCGGAGAGCGGCCAUUCAUAUGCAGUCAGUGCGGCAAGGGAUUCACUCGCUCGUCCCACCUGCGGACACACCAACGAAUUCACAACAGGGAGUAGGCCUUCACCUGCUCUGAGAGAGGGAUGGGAUUCACUUCUGACGCACCAACAAAUUCACACCGGGGAGCGGCUGAUCACCUGCCCUGAAUGUGGGAACAACUUGUCUGUCGUGUCACCUCAAACACCAGCGAGCUCACACUGAAAGGGCAGUUCAAAUCUGCAGUACAUAUGUAGGGCAUUUAAAUUGCAGCUGCUGAGCCAGCGGUGAGUUCACAAGUGACUGCAGGAACUGAUUCUGCAGUUAUUGCUGCUGUUGAUCACAUCCAGGUUUGGACCCAGGUCACUGGACACAUUUGGGUUGUUUCCCCUGGAACUGCAGGUACAUUUGUAUUCUGCAUCACACCUGUUCGGUGUGAAUGAACUGGGCUUGAGAUGAUAACACCUAGGAAUUUAUGGCUUGCUGAUCCUUUCCACCCCUGAUUCUCCCAUGAUGACUGGAUCAUGGACCUCUGGUUUACUCCUCAUGAAGUCAAUAAUCAAAUCCUUCGAGUAACUGGGUGUUGAGACACCGCUAAGCCAGAUUAUCAAUCUCCCUCCUUUCUGCUAACUCGUCACCACUUUUGAUUCGGCCAGCAACAGUGUGUCAUCUGCAAAUUUGAAUAAGGCUUUAGAGCUGUGCAUAUCCACACAGUCAUAAUUGUAAAGUGAGUAGAGCAGGGCUAAGUACCAUCAUGACCUUGUGGUGAUGGAGACUGUGGAGGGGGUGUUGUUGCCAAUCCAAACUCACUGGGGUCUGCAAGUAAGGAAAUAGAGGAUCCACGUUUGCAGAAGGGCGUUUUGGCGCCAAGGUCUAGAGUCUUAUUGAUUAGUUUUGAGGGUAUUGAAUGCUGAGCUGUAGUGUAUAGGAAGCCUCCUGAUGUCUGUAUCUUUGGGUUGAGUGAGGAGCCAAUGAGAUGGCUUCUGCUGCGGUAGGAAAGUUGGAGAGGAUCCAAGUCACUUCUCAGGCAGGAGUUUGUGUGUUUCAUCACAGCCCUCUCAAAACCGUUCAUGACUGUGGGUGUAAGUGCUUCUGGGUGAAGGUCAUUGAGGCAGGUCACCGUGUUCUUUUUAGACGCCAGUAUAAGUGAAGCAGGUGGGCACCUCAGACUGCCAAAGCGACAGAUAUCAGUGAAACCUGCAUUCAGGUGAUCACCUUAGGUCAGGUGGACCGUGUCGAGGUGGGACGCUUUGCCUGGGGCACUUUCCUGAAGGCUGCUUGCCCGUUGGCCUCGAGCUGAAAUCGCAGGGUCACCGGUGGCUGUGGGACUUUGUGAUGGGUUCCUCCAUGGUCAAAGUGAGCUCCCCUGUAUCACCUCAUCUGUCAGGGGAGCUAGUGCGAGAGUCAGCAAGGUGUGUUGCAACUGCACAAGGUAUGGUGACCACACUUGGCGUUUAUAUGUAUUUCAGGCCACCUAACUAUUGGAACGAUAACAUUUUGAAGGCAAAUAUGCAAAAUAGGCUGACAAAGAUGACACCAAGGCUGGAUGGCUUGAGUUGAAAGGAUAGACUGGAUAGAACUUACAACAGUGUGGCACAGUCCAGGCUCUUUGGCCCAUGAUGUUGUGCCGACCUUUUAACCAACUCUAAGAUCAAUGUAGUCCUUCCUUGCUAUGGAGCUCUCCAUUUUCCUGUCAUUGAUGUGCUUAUCUAGGAUGUCCGUAAAUGCCCCUGAUGUAUUUGCCUCUAUCAUUUCUGGCAGGGUCUUGCGCUCACUCUCUGGCUUGAAAUAAAAACCUCCCCUGGAGCACAGUAGUUUGAGGUGUUGGCCAUGAACAGAUUAAAAUAAGGAAGAAAACAUCAAACUUGAAUGAGUCACUGAGAGUCGUGUAGUGUAAAUGCUCGUGAUGGCGGGAAGAGAGACCCCGUUGAUCUUCUCAGCUGACCUCACUAUCCGCUACAGGGGCUUGCGAUCCGAGAUGGUGCAAUUUCCGAACCAGGCAGUGAUGCAGCUGCUCAGGAUGUUCCUGCCAUGUGCUUGAAGGAAUCGAGUACGCCAUUUUGUGAAGCCCUUCUGUAACCUCCAUGUUGUGAACUGCUCAGCUGAUUCUUGUCCUGCAAUAACUUGAUCAGGCCGAUUUGACCGUGGACACAAGGAGUUUCUGCUAUUGAUCUACUCAACCUGCGAUCAUGUUCAGAUAAGCUGUUUGUGUACGGUAUCAGAUUCGCAGAAGUGAUCUCUGUUAUCUCAGCCCAGUGACUGGUGACACGGUUUGAAUCAGAGUCGAAUAGAAUGAAAGAAGUCACCUAAGGCCAAAUUGUGUAGCCCUUGGUCACAGAACGGUCAGAUAAUCUCGAUCCAGUGAGAUUGAAAUGCAACAUUUGAACUGAUGAGUAGAGACUAAAAGUAAAUGCAAUAUGGUGAGAACUCUGGGGAGUAACAAGCACAAUGAACGACCCACGCCAGGGGCUGGGAGAAAAGAGGAUCAAUUAUCUGGCCAACAGGAGAUUCCAUUUCGGUGUUACAACUGGAGACAUGGUUUAAGUGAGUAUUGGUACAGAGGGAUCAGUAGAAUUCAUGUUUUAAGUUGUUGGCCAGGGGUCAACAUAGUUACGUUGUUGCUUGUGCAGAGACAAUAAAAUGCAAACUUUAAUUUAAUAA